AUGGACUACGAGCCAACCAUUCGCCCCGCAACGGCUUCGCUGCUGAACCUUCGCGCAAAGCUAGCGGAGAAACCGCCCUUCUGCAGCGGCAUCUUCGCCUUGCCUCCUGAGCAGCUGCAACUCUAUUAUGGCAAGGAAAACCCGAAGUUCGUGGACUUCACCACAGCUGUCGACGAGCCGGAGACAGUGGCAGGGCUCGCAGCAGCCUGUAAACCUGCCAAGUUCGGUAGGAACAACGAGACGGUGCUGGACGAAACUUAUCGCAAGGCUGGGAAGAUGGACAAGGAAGACUUCCUCAUGCGGUUUGACGCGACCGAGUCUGGCCUUCUGCGCGUCGUCCACGCCACGCUUCUCGCAAGCGUGAAGGAGCUGACUAUCAUUCGCGCUGAGCUGUACAAGCUCAAUGUCUACGGCGAAGGAGAAUUCUUCAAGGCGCAUGCAGACACCCCCUUGGGAACCAACAUGGUCGGUUCCCUCGUCCUCUGCUUCCCCACCGUGCAUGGAGGCGGCGCCCUCUUCCUCCGCCACGGUGGCAAGGAGUGGACGUUCGACGCCAACGCGCUCCUGGACGGCCGCACCGAUGCCCUCGCGUAUGUCGCCUUCUUCAGCGACGUCGAGCACGAGGUCGCCCCUGUCCUCUCCGGACACCGCGUCACCGUCACCUACAACCUCUUCUGGACGAGCGAGGUCCCUUCGCCUCUCCAGCCUCAAGGCGUCACCGUCGACGCGCCUGUCCUCGCGAACCCGAACGCCAUCGCGGAUUCGUUCGACGCGCUCCUCGCCGACCGCGCGUUCAUGCCCAAAGGCGGUAUCAUCGGCUUCGGCCUGCGCCACAAGUACCCAUUCCCGCGCGCCUGGAAGGCAGUCAAGGGCGCACCGGAUCCCCUCGAGUCUCUCCGCGGGUGGCUGAAGGGCGGAGACGCGGCACUCAAGCUCGCGAUCGAGGGUGUCGGCCUCGAGCCGCAGCUGCGCUACGUCGUCUCCGGGGGUGAUCGCAAGAUCCUCCUGAAGAAGAUGGUCGUGACCCCGACCGACUACACGGAGCAGCGGUCGCUUGAGGAGCAGCUCAUGUGGCGCGAGAACGGCGGGAAGCUCAUCAUGGACACCUUCUUCGGGGCCGCUCCCCGCCCCGCGCCCAAAUGCCCGCCCGGCGAGGAGGGCUUUUAUGGUGGGGGAGAAUUAGACGGCUACGGCGACGACGGCGAAGAGGACGACGAGGACGGGGGCGAGGACGAGCGCCGGCGCGUCGAGAUCAACUGGAUCACGCCAACGGAGGCGUGGAACGGGACGAGCGCCGCUUUCCUCGUGUACGGCAACCAGGCGAGCCUUGACUACUGGUACGCGUCCGUAUGCAUCCUCGCCAAGAUUGGGCCUGCGGAGGACCGGGGGGUGCGCCCGCGCGCGGUGGUCGAGCGGCCGCCCAAGCCGGCCCCGGCCGUGCAGGCGAUGGGGAUCCAGCCCGAUCCCGCGUCCGCGUCCGCUUAA